ACUUCCAUCCAACUUCCCCUCUGGCCAUCUUCUGUUGUCCAUCCCUCCCUUCCUCCCUCUCACUUUUAUCUGCAUCAAUUGGAGACUCUUCUUUCUAUUGGAUUGGGCCAUGUAUCUGUUGCAGGGGUUUGCUCGAGAGGACUGAGGGAGUGCCCGUUACUUCCUUUUUCGCUAGUUCAACAUGAUCAGCAAUCUCAUCACGAGAAGCCUCGCAUGAGUAAUUAGUACUUGGAAAAAUAUGUCAAUUUCAUCGUGAUGGUAGUGAUGCAGCCAAGGGUGAGGUCGUUGGAAGUGGACUUGGAGGAGCAGAAGGUGGUGGUGGUUGGAGACAACAUCACGCCAUUUGAAGUCCUCAAUUGUGUAUCAAAGGUAGAUGUAAUCGACAAAGAAAAAUAUAAAAUUUUGAAGCAAAACAUGCCAUCUAAGCUUCAAAAUGUUUUGGUUUUACCUCAAUAUUAUAAAAGCAAGAUAUGGCUAUGUGAUAAUGGAACCAGUGAAAAAGAAAUGAAGAAUGCGAGAGAAGGGACCACAUAUCUAAUGAGUAGAAAAGCUAUAAUUCUUUUUUAUGCUGUUGUAUGAUGUAUAUUGCUAUAACACUUGCUACAACACUUGUAUAUAUGAGCUUGUACUUCAUAUUGCUAUAACACUUCUGUU